UUAUUUAUUUCCUUGUACAGGUAUUUAUUUAAUGGGACAUUCACAUUUAUUUAAUGAUAUGUUUAUGUUAUUUUGUCCAUUUUGGCCCUCCAUACCCCUCAGGGGUCAUGUUAUGAUGAAUCUGAAAAUCAUCUGGAGACCGCCUACUUGGUGUCUCACGACCCCCUGGGGGAUCCCGACCUGAACGUUGGGAACCUCUGUUUCAAGGGCUUUAGCAUAUAUCCAUUUUGAUAUUUAUUUGAGUCUAGCCUCUAACGGAACCAUUUGUUGCACAGAGUGAAUCACCAGUCCACCAUACACGAUCUUGGGCAGCAGGGUUACGAGGAGACGAUGUCUUCACGGUUUUAGCCGAUUUUUCUCGAAGUGCUCCGCCGCUGGUGGAGCUGCUCCCUUUUUAACUCCGCAGUUUUCCAUCCGCUCUUUGUCCGCCUGGCGACGCGUUCCCCUUUUGGUUCCUGUCGUAAUGUCGGCGCUCGGAAACUUGGACUAACACAGCAACACUGGACUGGGAAGCGGGGAGCCCAGCAUCCCCGGCGGCGGGGGGAGCAUCACAUGUCAAAGCGGCGGAGCGUUAGCUGAGCUCCUGACUGACAGCCGUUCAGUGUCCUUGUCUGAAUUAAAGGUGGAGAUCUUUUUCUCCAGGAUAGAAAUGUCUGAGGACGCAGGCUGGCACCGAGGCGGAGAGAACCGGUGAAAUGGGUGAAACUCCGUCUAAGCCCGAUAUGUUGCUGAUGUUUGGAGGAAACAACGGGCUCUUCUUGGAUGUCAUUUAGCAGCCUUUAAAUAAACGCUCUGCCUCACGUUUUGCCUGCGGACCUCCAACCUGAACCUCCGUCCCCUGCACCACAAACAAUGACGUCCCCAGACUCACCCCCCCUCGUCUCCCCGUCCCCAUGUCCAGCGCCUCCCCCGUCUCUGCCCUCCUCCCCAGCCCCGUCCUCCUCCUCCAUCCCUGCCCCGCCCUCGCUGCCUCCCACGGGUGAGGUGAUGGUGCUGGCUCUGGGCCGGAAGAAGCAGCGCCUGCUGAUCGCUCUCUCCAUCCUACCCAACCUCUUCCUGGCCUUCCUGCUCUCCUCCGACCCCCUCAUCACCCUCUCCCCUCCCCAUCACUGCCGCCUGCCGGGCCCGUCGCUUUCGUCGGAGGUGCUGAACGCCUCUCUUCCCUGGGAGAAGGGGACGAGGCCCGGAGAGACCGGGAGCCCCUCCCAAUGUAAGCAGUACGUCAACGGCAGCCAGUCGGCCGCUGUGGACUGCGAGGCCGGGUGGGUCUACAACGUCACCGAGGGGCUGAAGAAUAACAUCGUCACUGAGUGGGAUCUGGUGUGCGGCCAGUACUGGCUGGUUCCGGUGGAGGAGGUGUGUUUCAUCCUGGGCGUCCUGACCGGUUGUCUCGGCCUGGGCUACGCAGCCGACAGGCUGGGCAGGUCCAAGACCCUGCUGAUCUCUCUGACUCUGUCGGUGGUGUUUGGGGUGCUGGUGUGUGUCUCUCCGUACCCUUCCAUCUUCAUCGUCAUGCGUUUCUGCCUGGCUGCUGCCAGUGCAGGGGUCUAUCUAACUCUGUACAUCGCCCGUCUGGAGCUAUGUGAGCCAUCUCUCAGGCUGGUUGCGACCAUGCUGGCUGGGCUCAUGACGGUGGCGGGAGAGCUGCUGCUGCUGGCCGUGGCCCUCGGAUGCCAGUCCUGGAGGGGCCUGCUGGGAGCUGGAGCAGCCCCUUUAACCCUCUUCCUCAGCUAUGGCGUUCCUGGUGUGUUUCCAGAGUCCCCUCGCUGGCUCCUCCUGUCAGAGAGAUCCAUAGACAUGAACGCGUUCAGCGAGAGAAGGAACUCCAACAGAGACGUGAGGGAUGACGAGAGCUUCACAGAGCUGGACUCCGAGCCGGCGUCCUCCUCUCGUCCCCACCUGUCCUUCCCUGAGCUUUUUCACAGCAAGAACAUCUGGAAGAACAUGUGCGUCCUCGGCUUCACCUCAUUUAUCUCUCAUGGCAUUAGUCACUGCUACAGCUCUUUCCGCGGUGACGUCAGAGGCACCGCCCCCAGCUUCUACUGGACGUACCUGCUGUCUGUGAGCGCGGGGGGCGGCGCCUGGCUGCUGCUCUGGGCGACCGUGGACAGGUGCGGUCGCCGUGGCAUCCUACUCCUGUUCAUGACGAUGACGGGCCUGGCCUCUUUGAUCCUCCUGGGACUCAUGGAGUAUCUCAGCGAGACGGCCAUCACAGUUUUCUCAGUGCUGGGUCUCUUCUCUUCCCAAGCCACCGCAUCCCUCUGCAUCCUUUUCACCGCAGAGAUCAUGCCCACCAUCAUCAGGGGCGUCGGUGUCGGUGCCGUGCUCGCCCUUGGCUGCGUGGGCCGCCUCAGCUCCCCGAUCAUGGACCUGCGGAACCACUACGGCUACUUCCUGCAUCACGUCAUCUACUCGUCUCUGGCGCUCCUGGCCGUGCUCUCCAUCCUGCUGCUGCCCGAGAGCAAGAGGAAGCCUCUGCCUCAGACGCUGGGGGACGGGGAGCAGUACAGGCGGCCCCCUCUGGGCAGGAGGAGGAGGGACAACGUGCCGCUGCUGGCCACCCCAAACCCAGAGACCUAAAGCGGAUCAUGGCGGCGGUGUGGCGGAGCAUCUUUCACUUUCAUUCAGAGGGAAGAGACGUGGCAAUACAGAGACAAACAGAAGGAUGAAUGGAGAGAAAAGGGCUGCAACAGACUUUAUGCUUCCUAACAUAUCACUCUCUUGUCAUUCCAAACGCAGACAAACUGGUUGAGCUGCCACAGAUUUCACUUUUCUCUGUUUUUCCUAACACUAAGACUUAUGUUGAGGUGCUUCUGAACAUGAACAGAAUCCACACACAUCCAGGAAACUCUUCAUCUUCUGCUAUGAGACACACCAGCAUCCAGCUGCACGUUUCCAUCCUCCGCGUGUCUGUUGUAGAGACAGCAUGCUCUGAUUGGAGGCUGCAGUCAUUUCUAACUCCUUCUGCUGUUUGUCUUAACCUACAUAAAUCAUUUUUUAUGCGUUUGCUGCGGGUGAGAACGCACUGAGUGCUCAGAGGUGUAGAAAAUCACGGUUAAUUUUUUUUAGAAGUGUUGAUCAACGCUCUGAUCUGGCACCGGAGCCAGGGAGAACAGCAGCUGUAAGAAUAGCGCCUUGUAAGUACUGUAGAUUUUAGUUUCUUUGACUUGGGGCAUUUGAGUUUGUUUAACGCAGACUCUGUGGCUGGAACCAUCCAGUACGCUAUGCAGUGGGGGAGGACGAGCACUUUGAACUGCAGGGCUCGUUGUUUUUCCUCAGACUCAGAGACUUAAAACCUCCCCAGAUCAAUAGAUGCUAGGCAGGUGCAAACAAACAGACCCCAGUAGAGGUGUUGCUCAUGUUCACAGGCAUGUCUAUACUGGUCUUUAAUGGAAAUAGAAAAGACAGAGAAGCUGUUUGUCUUCUUGCCUGAAUGUUGAUUGAUGCUAGAAAAAGGGCCCUAUGAGCGUGCCCCCGAGACGAGGAGCAGAAGAGGGCCCCUGAGCUCCAAAUGAACCCCUCAUUCAUUCUCAGUUACACCCUGCAGGGCUCCAGGGUUAUAUGGAAAAGUCUGAAGAAGUCUGGAAUUUCAGGCUUUUCCAGGUCUGGAACGGUGUGGAAAAAGAAAGUAGGAUCAUGAAUAGAAUUUAUUUCCAGAUUUUAUUUGCUUUUUCAUUGUCUAAAUGUGCUCUUUCUUGUUUCCUUCUUUUCUCCCGCCUUCAUGUCCUUUCUUGUCUCAUUCCUUCCUGUUUUCCUCCCUUAUGCCCCUUCUUUCCUUAAUUUCUUCCUUUUGUUCCACUGUUGUGCCUUCUUUGCGUCCUUCCUUAUUGCUUUGUUACCACCCUUGUGUCCUUCUUCUUCUUCUUUGCGUGCUACUUCUCAUUUUUUGGUUCCAACUUCCUUCCUUGUGUCCUACUUCCUUUCUUCUUUCUUUCUUUUUAUGUCCUGUCCUUCCUUUCCUUUCAGUCCUCCCUUUCUUGUUUCCUUCCCUCCAUUUGUCUUGUAUUGUUAUCGCUAACUGUGUAAGUCCUUCUUUCCUUCCUUCCUUCCUUCCUCCCUCCCUCCCUCCCUCCCUCCCUCCCAGUUACUGGUUUGUAUAUAAAGCCUGCUGGCUGUAGAGGUAUCUGCCAUAAACACAGUGAAUUGUAUGUUUUUAAAUAUAUGUUAAAAACAGAAAUCUCUGGAAAUUGAGUCUGGAAAAUUAUGUAAUUUUUUACAUGAAAAAUGCGUAUGAACACUUGACUCCAGGAGAUUUGUUUAAUCUGUUUCUUGGAAAAAGUCAGAUCACAGACAGGAUGACCGAUAGCAUGUAAAUCUAGCUGUUUCAGAGACUAAUAAACUGGUGUUUGUGAGCUCAUUGUUUUCUUUGGUGCGUAGCAUUAAAAGAAGGGAUAUGGGCUGUUUAAUUUGGACUCUGAAGCUGAAACAUUUCCUCUGUAUGUUGCACUCAACAAGUCUAACACUUAUACUCUAGUUCUUAUCACUGAUUAAUCCGGGUUGAAUAUAGUUAUGUCUGACAGCACCGGCUAUCUGUUCAAUGAUGAGUGUGAUGCAGUUAAUCCUGAUUUUAUGUAAAUUAAAACAGGUUUAAAAAACAAA